AUGCCUGACUGGCACCACGCCAUGGAACGUAGGGUUUCAGAUUGCUCUACGGACCCUCUUCGUCAAUCCCCAGUCGGCGGAUACCCAGUCGGCGGAUACUUCUGGUCUCAACGCGGUGACAGACGCUCAGAUGAUGGAAGUGGUACAGAUGCCGGGAAACCUCUCGGGAUUUCGAAAACCCCUCGAAAUCGUGCUUCAAAGGCCAAGCACGAAAAAGAAAUGCGGAGCUUUCAUGCUUGCAAGAUCAAGAAGCUUGAGGACUUCUUAUUACACAGCACCAUGUCUGAUCAGCUCAAGGAGACUGCCAAGUUGAAUUCAAAUAAUUCGCACAAAAGUGGCCUGACGUACAGAAAGGACGACGUGUUGAAGUUUGCUAUUCUGUUGUUACAGCAUCAGGAAAGCGCGCUUCGUAACCUAAUGGGGAAAAUAAAGGUUGAAUCGCGCAAGCAUUGGGAGCAUUGUGAACUUCUCAAAGAACUCGACAAGUUCAAAGAGUGGGCUCCUCAGAAUCUGCAUAUCAGUUGGUAA